AGGCCACAAGUCGAAAAAUUGUCGCUAAAAAGUGUCAACACACGUAGAAUAAAUAUUAGAGGUCAUGUAGUGGUGCACCAAGCGCUUACAAAAUGAUUUGACCACAGUUUUGAUCGUGCGGUCAAACAUUCGGGUUGGAAAUUGAACCCUUUGGUAACAUGUCGAAGGAAACGCUGGAAAUGGGCGAGCUGGGCAACCAGAAGCCGAAAAAUCAGGUGGAGGCGCCACAUUCUUGCUGCGGAGUUCGCCACAUCCAAGUCUUCCUCAACUUCCUCCUCACUUUCAUCGCCUAUGGGAUUAGAGUCAAUCUCUCGGUGGCAAUUGUGGCAAUGACUACGAAAGCGAGCGAAAAUCCCGACAUUCCAAUUUUCGAUUGGCACAACAAAAGUAUCAUCCUGUCGUCCUUCUUCUGGGGCUAUAUUAUACCCCAAGUGGGGGCUGGGCAACUGGCCAAAAAAUUCGGCCCCAAAUGGUUCCUAGUUGCCACAAUGUUCAUUUGCUCCAUUUUCGGUCUUUUACUACCAAUAAUGGCCGAAACGAUGGGUUCCGAAGGUGUGAUGGCAUCAAGAGCUUUGCAAGGCUUUUGCCAAGGCUUUAUUUUCCCAUCAAUUCAUAAUUUAUUGAGUUAUUGGGUUCCAGUGUCGGAACGGUCACGUCUGGGAACGUUUGUUUACGCUGGGGGACCUUUAGGUACCGUAGUUUCCAUGAUUGUCACAGGAAUUGUGUCAGCUAGUUGGUACGGCUGGCCUUUAAUUUUUUACAUUUAUGGGGUCAUGGGUAUUGUAUGGUCAAUUGCUAUGGCGAUUUUAGGGUCAAAUAAACCAUGCGAAAGCAAAAUCAUUUCAGAGGAGGAACGAACGUACAUUGAGACUAGUUUGGGUCAUUCCUCCAAUCAAAAACCUCUACCAACUCCUUGGAAAAGCAUUUUGACCAGUUUGCCCGUCUGGGCGAUUCUAGUAGCCCACUGUGGGCAAAACUGGGGCUUUUGGACCCUAAUUACCGAAAUCCCGUCAUACAUGAACACAGUCAUGCAUUUCCAAAUCAAAUCGAACAGCUACCUAAGCGCUUUGCCUUACUUUAUUUUAUGGGUUCUAAGUUUCGUCUUUAGUGGCAUUGCUGAUUACCUUAUUAUCAAAAAGUACACUUCGUUGGGCGCCACCCGGAAAAUCUUCAACUCAAUUGGGCUCAUUUGCCCAGCAAUUGCCCUCGUUUUUCUAGGUUUUAUGGACGAGGAGCACAAAAACCUGGCAAUUGCACUUCUUGUGGUAGCGGUGGGUUUGAACUCGGCCAUUUAUUCCGGGUUCAAUGUCAACCAUAUGGACAUUUCGCCCAAUCAUUCUGGUACUCUAAUGGGGAUUACCAACUGUGUUUCGAAUAUUUUUUCCUUGCUAGCGCCACUUUUCGUCCAAGUUGUUGUAACAGACGAGAAAGAUACGAUGCAGUGGCAGUUGGUUUUUGGUGUCGCGUCCGCUAUUUACGUGGUCAGCAAUUUCGUGUUCGUCUUCUGCGGCAGCGGCGAAGUCCAGGAGUGGAAUAACGAAGGCAAGGACGAGCGCGGAAAGGUGUAGGGGUUUUGCCAAUGGAACAAAUCUGUGAUAAUUUUAGUGUUAUGUUAAACCAAUCAAAUUGUUAUUGGAAUAAAUUUGCUUAUCGCGAAACCGUAA